AUGGGCCACAGACCAGGCUCUGAGAAACAUUAAUCCGCCCCGAGUUACACAGAUGAAGCAGUUUGUUCACACACUGGGGGAAACGGGACGAUAAUCUGACAUCUCUGGCACCUCACCAGGGUCUGAUCUAGUCUUGGUCACCUGACACCGCACACACACCGUGUUCGGCUCCACCUCGCGCGGCGGGUGUGUGACAAGAUCCAGCCCGUUAUUUCAAGGUUAUCUCCUGCAGGAGCCUCACUUUACGGAUCCUAUGGGAUUUCUGAUCACCACAGUUUUCCUCUGGGCUGCUGUCGGAGUGGGAAGCCGCCCAGUAAACUCACCUCUUAAUGAUGCAAAGGUUGAAUGUAUUAUUCAAGAAACACUGAAUGAGGACAGGUCACAUCAUGAGUGCAGCCCAAGACUAGAAGAGGAACUUGAUGAAGUACAAAUACAUCAGGGUCUGCUCAGGGAGCUGCAGAGUCUGGCAGGUGAUGAGAGAGAUCGAGAGCGAGAUGACGAGAGGGAGCGAUAUGACUAUAGCCCUGCUGAAGACGAGAGCGACUUUGAGGAUGAAGAUGAGGAGAAAAAGGAGGAGAGUGACGUGACCAGCCCUACACAAAAAACGGAUGAAAAGAAAGACACCAAGACAGAGGAAGAUGACACUAAAGAAAAGACGAAGGAGGAGCAACAUGUUGAAGACAAAGGGGGUGACACUGAAGAGGAGAGAGCCAAGGAGCUGGAGGAGCUGCUAGCUGAGGAGAUCAGAAAGAAAGGGAAGGAGGAGGGGAACGAUGAGGAGCUGCUGAAAGAGCUGAAAAGGAAACGAUACGAGGCGUUGAAGGACAGGGAGAGCCUUAAAGCCUCUGGAGCGGGGCAAAAAGAGGAAGCGAAGAAACAGGAUGACAAAGACAAGGAUGCUGCAACAACGGAGGACUUGGAAAAACAGAGGAUGGAUGAGAGGAAGAAGAGUGAGGUGGAAUUGAUGGUGGAGAAGGAGAAGGUGGAGAAAGAGCUAAAGGAGCUGCUCAAGGAGAAGGAGAGCAAAAGCAGGCCAGAGCAGGAGAAGGAGAGGAAGGAGAAGCAGGAGGAGCUGGAGGAACUCGUAAGGAAGAUGAAACGGGUGCAGGAGGAGGAAGGAGAGGAGGAGGUGAAGGUUGGGAAGAAAGAGGAGAGUGUUGGUAAAAAGACGCCAGAGGAGAAGAGCGAGAAGAAGGGGGGAGGAGAAGAGGAAAAGGCUGUGCAAAACACAGAGAAAGAAGACAAGACAAAGGAGGGGACUGAGGUGAAGGAGCCGCAGCAGAAGAGAGUGAUGGAGAAAGCCAGCGAUGAAGCAACACGACAGUUUGAAAGGGAGAGGGAGAAGGAUGAGGAGGACGAGGAGGAGGAAGAUGAGGAUGAAUAUGUCCGGGAAGAUGGGCAGGAAGAGGAGAAUGAAGGAGGUGAAGCUGAAGAAGAUGAAGGAGAGGAGCUGCUGGAGAUUGAAGCAGAGUUGCGCAAAGUUGCUGCAGAGCUGAGGGAGCUUCGCCGAGGAUAAGACACACACACACACAAGUGUGCACACACACACUACACAGCAGACUGACUAAACCCUUUGUUGCAUACACAGCCGCACAUUCAGCUCACACGUUUUCCUUUUAACAGCCUUCAAAUCCCCUCAGCACUCAGAGAAAUGUCUUUAGUAGAAACAUUAGUCAAAUCUGGUGCAAGCUGGUGUUUCAGUUCUGCUUUUAGAUUCCCUGGGAAAAGAUUACACUAUUUCUGCAAUGCUCAGUUGAAUGCAUCUGAGUGUUGAAGAGAGGGAGGUGCAAUUUUUUUGGGAAUCUGAAAAGCCUUUGUGUUCAUGUCCGCCUGAGUCCUGGUCUCAGUCCCUGUAAAUGCUGUUUGUAAGGUAGACAGGUGAUUGUACUCUAGUUAUAAACCGCCAUGGAUGUAAAGCGUUCCAAAACUGUCUGUACUUUUGACUGCAAAACACAAACACCAUCAUCUUUGAAAUCUCAUGAAUACUAGCAUCAGUGCUUCUUUUCUCUGCAGGUAUUAUCCUAAAGGUGUAUUCUUAACAGGAACAAAGGUUCUCUACUAGCAGUAAUGUGUGUGUUUCAAUGUAUCUUUUGUGCAAUAACUGAUAAUUAUGUGUCAGCUGUUCCUGCUGUUCUGACUGUUAACAUGUAUUACUGAUAUUUCUACACAGGAGUCAGUCAUUAUUUCCUCUUCGUUUCUUUGACGAUAGAGUAGAAACAAGGAUUGUGUUUCAUUUGGCUCAUGCACUGUUAAAACCAGACUGUUUGUGAAGAACCAGAGUGACACAAUCAAAAACAGAGGGAGUUGAUCAGACUUGUAAAUUCUGCACGGUAACACUUGUGACAGAUACUGCAGUUUGUAUUGAGUGUGGUUGGUGUGUGCGGUGACAGGAUGUGAUUUAGUUAGAGCUUACAAGGUCUAAAUGUGUUACUUCAGGUUCUCAGCCAGCUUUGCACUCUUAUCUUAACAAGCCAAGGAGGAGUCGAGGGAAGAGGGAGACACUAAAGCCAUUUUGUUGUCUUUUUGGUAACAAUUACAUUGAUAAAGGCUCAGUAUUGUUACAUCACAGUUUUCAUGGCUGUCUUGACAUUUUUGUAAAUAUAAGAUAUCACAGUCUGCAAGCCAAGGUCAUUGGAAAUAUGAAGCUGCAGCGCCCCCAAGAGGACACUGAGUAGAAAUGCACACAGUGCAGGAUGAACAGGGUUACCAUUGGAGGCCAAUGUAAUGCAAUAACACUGUAACGACUACAGCACACGUGAAUGCAAUAAUUAGCCAAAUGAUGAAUUAUUUUAUGUAUUUUAAUAUGUAAUCAAAGUGCAUCAUAUUGUACUCGUAACUCUCUUUUUCUACACGGCCAAGACUUACCACACACUAAACAGGUUCUAAUAACACAUAACAAGUCCACACUGAGGAGCUCAUUACUGUCUAUUCCAAAGAGGAGAGAUUUGCUCACUUUAGAACAUUUAAAAACAUUAAAGUACUGUUGUUUUCUUUUUCUAUAGAAGUGCAACAUGUUUGAAGAAUGUGUAACAAACAAACCAGCAAGAAAGAUGUAGAGAUGUCUGUGUGGGGGGGUCGUCAUAGGGGCACAGAGGACAUUUCAAACAACAGGAUAACAACACCAUUUGUAAUAUUACUGGCCAAUCAGAGUGCUGUAUUUUGUGCCUGCUGUAUCUUCUUCUAUGCUACCUGUCAAUCAAUAAACCCAAACUGAAUUAAACUGUAA